CCCACCUCCCCUCCCCCCCGCGCCGGGCAUGCGGGGCCCGCUGGGCACCGAGGAGGAGCUGCCGCGGCUGUUUGCCGAGGAGAUGGAGAACGAGGACGAGAUGUCAGAAGAAGAGGAUGGUUGCCUUGAAGGCUUCGACGACUUCUUCCCUGCGGAGCCCGUGAGCCUUCCCAAGAAGAGGCCCAAGAAGCUGAAGGAGAGCAAGUCCAAAGGGAAGCGGAAGAAGAAAGAGGGGAGCAACGAUGAGCUGUCGGAAAACGAGGAGGACCUGGAAGAGAAGUCGGAGAGUGAAGGUAGCGAUUACUCCCCUACCAAGAAGAAGAAGAAGAAACUCAAGGACAAGAAGGAGAAAAAAGCCAAGCGGAAAAAGAAGGACGAGGAUGAGGAUGAGAAUGAUGAUGGGUGCUUGAAGGAGCCUAAAUCCUCGGGACAGCUCAUGGCUGAGUGGGGCUUGGACGACGUGGACUACUUGUUCUCGGAGGAGGACUACCACACCCUGACCAACUACAAGGCUUUCAGCCAGUUCCUGAGGCCACUCAUCGCCAAGAAGAACCCGAAGAUUCCCAUGUCUAAAAUGAUGACUGUCCUGGGUGCCAAGUGGCGGGAAUUUAGUGCUAAUAACCCCUUCAAGGGCAGCUCUGCAGCAGCAGCAGCAGCAGCAGUGGCCGCAGCUGUAGAGACAGUCACUAUCGCUCCGCCACUGGCCAUCAGCCCCCAGCAGGUCCCUCAGCCUAUGCCCAUCCGAAAGGCCAAGACCAAAGAGGGCAAGGGGCCUGGAGUGAGGAAGAAGAUCAAAGGCUCCAAAGAUGGGAAGAAAAAGGGCAAGGGGAAAAAAGUGGCUGGGCUCAAGUUCCGCUUUGGAGGAAUCAACAAGAGGAAGAAAGGCUCCUCGAGUGAGGAGGAUGAGCGGGAAGAGUCAGACUUGGACAACGCCAGCAUCCACAGCUCAUCCGUGCGCUCUGAAUGCUCCACAGCUCUGGGCAAGAAAAACAAGAGGCGGCGCAAGAAGAAGAGGAUUGACGACGGCGAUGGCUAUGAGACGGACCACCAGGACUACUGCGAGGUGUGCCAGCAGGGCGGGGAGAUCAUCCUGUGUGACACCUGCCCGCGGGCCUACCACCUGGUCUGCCUGGACCCGGAGCUGGAGAAGGCUCCUGAGGGCAAGUGGAGCUGCCCACACUGUGAGAAGGAGGGGAUCCAGUGGGAGCCGAAGGAUGACGACGACGAAGAGGAGGAGGGCGGCUGCGAGGAGGAGGAGGACGACCACAUGGAGUUCUGUCGCGUGUGCAAGGACGGCGGGGAGUUACUGUGCUGCGACGCCUGCCCAUCCUCCUACCACCUGCACUGCCUCAACCCGCCGCUGCCCGAGAUCCCAAACGGUGAAUGGCUCUGCCCGCGCUGUACUUGUCCUCCACUGAAGGGCAAAGUCCAGCGGAUCCUACAUUGGCGGUGGACAGAGCCCCCAGCCCCCUUCAUGGUGGGGCUGCCAGGACCAGAGGUGGAGCCGGGAAUGCCCCCACCCAAACCCCUGGAGGGCAUUCCUGAGAGAGAGUUCUUUGUCAAGUGGGCUGGACUCUCCUACUGGCACUGCUCCUGGGUGAAGGAGCUACAGCUAGAAUUGUACCACACGGUGAUGUAUCGGAACUACCAAAGAAAGAAUGACAUGGAUGAGCCGCCACCCUUUGACUACGGCUCUGGUGAUGAGGAAGGCAAGAGCGAGAAGAGGAAGAGCAAGGACCCGCUCUAUGCCAAGAUGGAGGAGCGCUUCUACCGUUAUGGCAUCAAGCCUGAGUGGAUGAUGGUGCACCGUAUCCUCAACCACAGUUUCGACAAGAAGGGGGAGGUGCACUACUUGAUCAAGUGGAAAGACCUGCCCUACGACCAGUGCACGUGGGAGCUAGAUGAUGUUGACAUUCCCUACUAUGACCACCUGAAGCAGGCCUACUGGGGCCACAGGGAGCUAGUGCUGGGAGAGGAUUCCAGGCUGCCCAAACGGCUGGUCAAGAAGGGCAAGAAGCUGAAAGAUGAUAAACAGGAGAAGCCUCCGGAUACACCCAUUGUGGAUCCCACAGUCAAAUUCGACAAGCAGCCGUGGUACAUUGACUCUACGGGUGGCACACUGCACCCAUACCAACUGGAGGGCCUCAACUGGCUGCGCUUCUCCUGGGCCCAGGGCACCGACACCAUCCUGGCUGAUGAGAUGGGUCUUGGCAAGACGGUGCAGACCAUUGUGUUCCUCUACUCACUGUACAAGGAGGGUCACUCCAAGGGGCCCUACCUGGUCAGUGCACCCCUAUCCACUAUCAUCAACUGGGAGCGUGAGUUUGAGAUGUGGGCGCCUGACUUCUAUGUAGUCACCUACACGGGAGACAAGGAGAGCCGCUCUGUGAUCCGUGAGAAUGAGUUCUCCUUUGAGGACAACGCCAUUCGCAGUGGGAAGAAGGUGUUCCGCAUGAAGAAAGAAGUGCAGAUCAAAUUCCACGUCCUGCUUACCUCCUAUGAGCUCAUCACCAUUGACCAGGCUAUCUUGGGCUCUAUCGAGUGGGCCUGCCUCGUGGUGGAUGAGGCCCACCGGCUCAAGAAUAACCAGUCUAAGUUCUUUAGGGUCUUAAACAGCUACAAGAUCGACUACAAGCUGCUGCUGACGGGGACCCCCCUUCAGAACAACCUGGAGGAACUCUUCCACCUCCUCAACUUCCUGACUCCAGAGAGGUUCAAUAACCUGGAGGGCUUCCUGGAGGAGUUUGCUGACAUCUCCAAGGAAGACCAAAUCAAGAAGCUGCAUGACCUGCUGGGGCCGCACAUGCUCCGGCGGCUCAAGGCCGAUGUGUUUAAGAACAUGCCAGCCAAGACAGAGCUGAUAGUUCGUGUGGAGCUGAGCCAGAUGCAGAAGAAGUACUACAAAUUCAUCCUCACACGGAACUUCGAGGCGCUCAAUUCGAAGGGGGGCGGUAACCAGGUGUCACUGCUCAACAUCAUGAUGGAUCUGAAGAAGUGCUGCAACCACCCCUACCUCUUCCCUGUGGCUGCUGUGGAGGCCCCCGUCUUACCCAACGGCUCCUAUGACGGCAGCUCCCUGGUCAAAUCUUCGGGGAAGCUCAUGCUGCUGCAGAAGAUGCUGAAGAAGCUGCGGGAUGAGGGACACCGAGUGCUCAUCUUCUCCCAGAUGACUAAGAUGCUGGACCUCUUGGAGGACUUCCUGGAGUAUGAGGGCUACAAGUAUGAACGCAUUGAUGGAGGCAUCACUGGGGGCCUCCGGCAAGAGGCCAUCGACAGAUUCAAUGCCCCUGGAGCCCAGCAGUUCUGCUUCCUGCUCUCGACACGUGCUGGUGGCCUAGGCAUCAACUUGGCCACAGCAGACACUGUCAUCAUCUACGACUCGGACUGGAACCCGCACAAUGACAUCCAGGCCUUCAGCCGCGCCCACCGUAUUGGCCAGAACAAGAAGGUGAUGAUCUACCGCUUUGUGACGCGGGCCUCGGUGGAGGAGCGCAUUACGCAGGUGGCCAAGCGCAAGAUGAUGCUUACACACCUAGUGGUGCGGCCAGGCCUGGGCUCCAAGUCGGGCUCCAUGACCAAGCAGGAGCUGGACGACAUCCUCAAGUUUGGCACGGAGGAGCUUUUCAAGGAUGACGUGGAGGGCAUGAUGUCCCAGGGCCAGAGGCCUGUCACACCCAUUCCUGAUGUACAGUCCUCCAAAGGGGGAGCCCUGGCUGCCAAUGCCAAGAAAAAGCAUGGCAGCACCCCGCCAGGUGACAACAAGGAUGUGGAAGACAGCAGUGUGAUUCACUAUGACGAUGCGGCCAUCUCCAAGCUGCUGGAUCGGAACCAGGACGCUACGGAUGACACAGAGCUGCAGAACAUGAAUGAGUACCUGAGCUCCUUCAAGGUGGCGCAGUACGUGGUGCGCGAGGAGGACGGCGUGGAGGAGGUGGAGCGGGAGGUGAUUAAGCAGGAGGAGAAUGUGGACCCUGACUACUGGGAGAAGCUGCUGCGCCACCACUAUGAGCAGCAGCAGGAGGACCUGGCCCGCAACCUGGGCAAGGGCAAGCGCAUCCGCAAGCAGGUCAACUACAACGACGCCUCCCAGGAGGACCAGGAGUGGCAGGAUGAGCUCUCGGAUAACCAGUCUGAGUAUUCCAUCGGCUCCGAGGAUGAGGAUGAGGACUUUGAGGAGAGGCCAGAAGGGCAGAGUGGACGGCGACAGUCCAGGAGGCAGCUAAAGAGCGACAGAGACAAGCCCUUACCACCUCUUCUUGCUCGAGUUGGGGGCAACAUUGAGGUGCUGGGCUUCAAUGCCCGCCAGCGGAAGGCCUUUCUGAAUGCCAUCAUGCGCUGGGGUAUGCCCCCCCAGGAUGCCUUCAACUCUCACUGGCUGGUUCGUGACCUCCGUGGGAAGAGCGAGAAGGAGUUUAGAGCCUAUGUGUCCCUCUUCAUGCGGCACCUGUGUGAGCCGGGGGCAGAUGGCGCGGAGACCUUCGCAGAUGGCGUGCCCCGGGAGGGCCUGUCCAGGCAGCACGUGCUUACACGCAUCGGGGUUAUGUCGCUGGUUAGGAAGAAGGUUCAGGAGUUCGAGCAUGUCAAUGGAAAGUACAGCACUCCAGACCUAGUUCCUGAAGGGCCCGAGGGCAAGAAAGCAGGCGAGGUGAUCUCCUCAGACCCCAACACUCCGGUGCCUGCCAGCCCUGCUCACCUGCCACCAGCCCCGCUGGGCCUGCCAGACAAAAUGGAUGCCCAGCUGGGCUACAUGGAUGAGAAGGAGGUGGGCAUACAGAAGCCAAAGCAGCCCUUGGAAAUCCAGUCCCUGCCACCUGCCCUGGACAGAGUAGAGGGUGACGACAAGCGUGAGAACCUGGACAGCAAGGACAGAAGCCGAGAGGAGCGGCCAGAGGAGGCAGAGAAGGCCCAGGCCUCCCCAGAGCAGCUGCCAAAAGAGGAGGCGCUGCCGGACAAGGAGCCCAGGCCGGAGCUAAGCCUGAGUCACGGCACAGGGGGCAGCAGCGAUUUCAGGCCAGAUGACCCCAAGGCUGAGGAGAAAGAGCCCAUGGAGACACAGCAAAAUGGUGACCGAGAGGAAGACGAGGAGGGGAAGAAGGAAGACAGGAAUGGGAAAUUCAGAUUCAUGUUCAACAUUGCAGAUGGAGGCUUCACAGAGCUGCACACGCUGUGGCAGAAUGAGGAGCGGGCUGCUGUAUCCUCUGGAAAAAUCUAUGAAAUCUGGCACCGCCGCCAUGACUACUGGUUGCUGGCGGGCAUUGUGACCCACGGCUAUGCUCGCUGGCAGGACAUCCAGAAUGACCCACGGUACAUGAUUCUCAACGAGCCCUUCAAGUCUGAGAUCCAUAAGGGUAACUACCUGGAGAUGAAGAACAAGUUCUUGGCCCGCAGGUUCAAGCUGCUGGAGCAGGCGCUGGUGAUUGAAGAGCAGCUUCGGAGGGCUGCGUACCUCAACAUGACCCAGGACCCCAACCACCCAGCCAUGGCUCUCAAUGCCCGCCUGGCCGAGGUGGAGUGCCUUGCCGAGAGCCACCAGCACCUGUCCAAGGAGUCCCUUGCUGGGAACAAGCCUGCCAAUGCUGUCCUGCACAAGGUCCUGAACCAGCUGGAGGAGCUGCUGAGCGACAUGAAGGCGGAUGUGACGCGCCUGCCCUCCAUGCUGUCCCGAAUCCCUCCAGUGGCCGCCCGCCUGCAGAUGUCAGAACGCAGCAUCCUGAGUCGUCUGACCAACCGAGCGGGUGACCCCACCAUCCAGCAGGGUGCUUUCGGCGCCUCCCAGAUGUACAACAACAGCUUUGGGCCCAACUUCCGGGGCCCUGGACCAGGAGGGAUUGUCAACUACAACCAGAUGCCCCUGGGACCCUAUGUGACCGAUAUCUAGCUGUCCCCGCGACUUCCCCUGUUGCAGCGCUCGUCUCCAGCUGAGCCAUGCUUGCCGGGCCACCCGCCCAACCACCACAGGAGAGAAAAGCUACUGCCUUCUUGGGAGUUGGUGCCACCUUGGGACAAAAAGGGAAACCUAGUGAUGCCAUCACAUGGAGGACAAGAGCCCAGAAGUGCCACCUGGUCAUAGUUCAAGUGCUCUUCUGCACAGCGGCCCACUCACGGCCGCGCCGGACACACUCCUGGUUACCUUUUCCAGACUGGCUGACUUCUUAGGAGAGACUUCGUUUCCCUGUUCUCCUGCGCCUUCCUCCUGAAGAUGCAAAUAUGUUUAUCUUGAUAAAAAUUGGUUGACGAAUGGAAGAUUCUAACCUGCAACGCCCCCACGUGUCACCAGCCUCCAGCCUUGAAGGGAAGCUCUCUGGAGACCCUGGCGUUGCCCUGCAGACUUGCCCCAACUAGGGAGAAGGCAGCGUCCCAUGUCGGUGUGUCCCUUGCCCCUGUCUGCACCUGUCCCCUGCCAACUUGGGACCCUAGUGUCAGCUGAGUCAGGUCUGAGGAGUGGCUGCCCAGCCUGGUGAUGCCUCGGUCAGGGUACGGUGUUUCCUACCUCCUUCCUGUCAGGGCUAGGGACCACCAGGUAGAUUCUACCGGCUGGGCAUAUGUCUGCCUCUGGCCCAGCAAAGUCUUGGGACUCUGAUGGGUGGGUAUUGAUCCCACUGGUGUGCGUCAGGCUGAAGUGAGGGUACCUGGGAGGAUGAGGCAGGCCUGAGCCUGGGUCAGAGCCUCUGCAGGAGUUCUGUGGGUUUGCUGCCUGAAGGGGUGUGAUGUGAGAAGGUGGGUGCUAGUUUGGUAAAAAAGGCCAUGUUUGUUGGGUGGGCCAGGAGACCCUGGACCUAGCCUGUGUCCUGGAAGUUCUAUCCUAUUCCUCCCCGGGCACAGACUUCCCUGUGCAGUCUCCUGAACCACAGGCACCAGAGAGCCAGUCACCCUUGGGGCUGGACUCACCACUGUUCUCCUGCCCUCCAAGAGGCCUAGAUUUAGGGUACUUGAUGUAUAAGACAGGGGCCAUAGGUGCCCUUGCUGGUUCUUGGAGGGUUUGGAGGCAGAGGAAUGGCCCCAGUGGCUUCUUUAGACCUUUCUAGAUGGAGUCUCCCAGGCUGCUGGCCUUGUUAGCUGCAGGGCUGCCCUGGAGUAGGACUAUUUCCCACUUACCAGUAUUGGAAUGCCACCUUGAAUCCUGCUCUAUCCCAGCUUGUGGUACCAUGGAAUGGCCUACAUGGAGGUGGGGGGUGGAACCCCCAGUCCCUGAGCCUGUCUGUGUCUGACACUCCCUGUGGGUCCCAGCUCAACCUGGAGACUGUCAAGGCUUGAGCUGGGAGUUUCCCAGGCAGCUAUGUGAGCUGCGGCUAAGCUGCCGUGGGGUUCAGAAUCUGCUGAGGAUGCAGAAGGGCCUCUAGGGGGACGUCACCUGGGCUUAGGGUGUCUGAAAAGGGCUCAGACUCCAUUGGCUGAAGGCAGAGUGAGGGACGCACAGUAUCUCUGAAUCUCCCAGGGUCUAUAGGGUGGCCAGGAGUGGGAUAGGUCUCCAUGGCUUGUUACCCAGCCUUCACUAAGCUCCCGAUGUGCACACCUGUAACAUGGUUCCUCAUCGGAACCCCUGGAGGGCUGGACCCCCAUGGCCUCUUCCAUUGUGACACUCCCAAACUCCACUCUUGAUUCGUGCCUCCGAAGCCAGCCAGCACUCACUGCAGUGUGCGAGAGCAGGGUGGAGAGGACCCUGGAGGUGACAUGGGCAAGUACGAGCUGAUGAUGAGUGUCGGACCCCACCGCCCAGAAAGAGCUGCCCUACCUGUGGUGACCUGCCACCAGCCUGCUCCCCGGCACAGGGCAUGUCGUGCCCUCCCCUUGAGCUAGAUGGUCAGCCCUGUGGCUAUCCUCACUGGGACUCGCACUAACCUCCAUCCCUGGCUGCGGUGGACCAAUCUGGGAAAGGAGGCUCCUUUCCAGGGGCCAGUUUCUUUGCCCUGGAAGUCUCACUCUGUCCCUCCCCUUGGCUCUGGCCCCUUGGCCUUCUCUUCCCCAUAGCCAGGCUCCCUUGAGGCUCACUGGCCCGGGAAGGGCUGUGUUCUGUAAGACCAGUAUCCGGGAGGCCCCGGAGGGUGGGCUGCCCAGGCUGGGUGGGCCAGCUGUGGAGAGGAGAAAAGAUCCUUAAGGGUGUUCUUGUCUUGAUCCCUCGGUUGUCUCUUGAGAGCGUCAUGGUGGGACGGUGUCAGGCUGCCUCUGCUCUGUCUGCUGGGGUCCUUGUGCAGAGCAGAGUCUGAGGUUGUUACCUGUGUUCUUACGUCUCUGGCCACUUUGGUUCACCUAGAACAGUGGGUGUCUGAUAGUUCUCCAGCGACAUGGGAGUUUGGAUUAGAGUCACCACAUCUGGAGGGUACCAGUUUCACACAUGCAAAGCACUUCUGUCUCCCUAAGACCCAAUGUGACAAGAGGUUUCCUGAAAGCCACUUUUGAAAUGCCACUUGUUUCUUGCAAAUUUGGCUCCCUGCCUCUAUGUGCCAGCUGAAAAGACUUGGCCCAGUGGCACCUGUAAUUGUCUUGGGUCCCAGAGCUUUUCAGGGCCUGUGAGAGGGGUGGGACCUGUUUAAUGGUGGGCUUGGGGACCAGGAAGCUAGCAACCCUAUAGGGCAGGGCAGGUGCCAGUUGCUUGGAGUCUCCAGUGUGUGCUGGGACGGGGCCUCGUUGGGGGAAGGCUAGGCUGACGCCCUCUGUAUCCUGGGUGUCUUGGCCUGUCCCCUACAAGGGUGGAAGGUCAUCCUUCCUCCAGGAUGCUCUCGCGCAGAGCACAGCACUGUGGGGAAAGCUGUCUCACCCUAUUUUAUAUACCCGGAAGUUUACAGAUUGUGGUGCAUCAGCCCAAAGUCGUCGGCGUCAUUGUGUUUAUGGAUUUUUCCCCCCCUUACUUUUCAGAUUUUUUUUAAAACAAAGUAUUUUUUUAGGUGCGAUAACCCAGAAAGGGCCCGUUGGGUGUGUGUGUAUGUCCUGAACUCUCCACAUAGGGACGGGAGCCAGUCCAGAGGCAGCUCCUGGCCCAGCCUGGAGAAGGAGGGAGGGCUGUUUGCUACCUACCGGAGCCAAGAUGGGCUCUGGAGGGAGGCUCUCUGGUUGCCCUAGUCAGGCUGGCAUCCCGCCUAGCCAAGGGGCCUGACCCUUUCCCCGAUCAGCCCAGGCUGGUGAAGGGGGACUGGAGCUUGGUUGCGGUCUGGAGGCUCUCAGCAAGGGGUCCCAGGGGCAGCUUUGGAUCUGAGCUCCCCAGCAGGUUGUGACAUGUCCUGGCUUGGCCUGGGGGGAGGCUGGACAGACUAACCAACACAGUCACCUUUACUUCGUACUCUGUGUGUAUGUUUUGGUUUCUGUGUUUUAAUAAAUCCUUUGGGAAGGGGU